GUUGCGCACCAGUUUCGCAAAAGAGAAGACUCGAUCAUCUUCUCACCAUGGACUCUUAUCUCCUCAAGGCUGCGGUUCUGUAUGCCCUCUCUGCGGCUUCCCGUACCUGUACCGCCGUGGAUGACAUUCUGCAGAGUGCGUACACCGCAACUGCAUUAUUUGACUCUCUCACAUACGAGCUGCUCGACCUCAAAGUUCCGCUCGAGCGCCUAGGAGAUCCCGACCUCGUCAUACCUCGUCAGCUGCAGCCUCCGAUAUUAAAGAUCGUGCGCAGCUGUGGAGAUGUGCUUUCCCACAUCGACGAGUGGGUUGAAAAAACCCCCCGCGACGCACAUCAGGACGCAAUUCCGUCCACCGAUAACCUUCAGCAACUGCAUAGCAAUCUGUGUACCUGUCGAAGAGCCUUACAACUGGCGCUCGAGGCAGUGAACCUGGCAGGACCGGAAGACGAUGCUAUUGACGCCAAUUUCUUCGGCACAUACCUCGAUCACGACACAAGAAGGCUUCUAGCUCUGAUUCGUCGAAUGCUGCAACAAGUUCAAGAGGGUGAUCGUGAAGACCCCCUGAAGCAGGCACUUUGGUCUUCUCUCGAUGAGGUGCGGCUGUACAUACAAAGCAAGUGUCGAAAUCAGGAAGACAAAAAGCCCAGCCUCAUUCAAGCCCUCGAGGCAGCAUCCUGCGGAGGAAGUCAAAUGAGCGAGCGUGAUGAGUUAAGCAUGGCCUCAAGAAUGACCCCCGAACCAGGACCAGCAGACUCGCCACCAGCUGCCGUUGCCACUGAAAACCGCAAGGGUACAAACAAACUCCCUCUCGGUCCCGUCGCUGCAGAGCUCUCCCUCUCGUCCCUCGUCAGAGAGAACCAUGGAGAAAACUCUGGCGGACGAUUCUACUUCGGUGGCCAGCAGCGCUCUGGAUACGUGCGGGCAAUCCUCGGUGGUUUCUUACACAUCACGUGGUUCUACAUCGUCGUAUCCCUCAAGCUCAGGUUCAAGAGAGCUCUCGAACACUUUUAUUCCCAUGUCGGCCCCGAAACAUACUCAGCAGCAGCGGCGAACAUUGACUUCGAUGGACGAAGAAGACGUGGUGGCCUCGCCGUCACACGCAACACCAACAGCUACCAACACCCCGUCUCCAGUUGUUAA